AUGUGGAAGAUCUCGAGAAAACCUUCGAGACCGGCUCCCAGGUGCACAUAUCAGGCCUCCACCCCUCCACCCCACCCCUCCUUUGACAGCCAUCCCCCUUUUGCCUCUUCUUCCUUACCUCAGCAGUCGCCUCCAUCCUCCUGUUGCCUCUUCUUCCUUACCUCAGCAGUCGCCUGUGCUUGUGUGUCCUCCCCUCUCCCCCUCUCCACACCAGCUCCCAAGUGCACAUAUCAAAGCUUCCACCCCUCCGGUCGAGCUCUCGAGUGCACAUGUCAGCCCCCCACCCCACCCCACCUCGCCAUUGACAGCCAUCCUCCUGUUGCCUCUUCUUCCUUACCUCAGCAGUCGCCUGUGCUUGUGUGUCCUCCCCUCUCCCCCUACAGACCAGCUCUCAAGUGCACGUGUCAGGCCUCCCCUCCCCUCCACCCCACCUUGCCAUUGACAGCCAUCCUCCUGUUGCCUCUUCUUCCUUACCUCAGCAGUCGCCUUUGGUUGUGUGUCCUCCCCUCUCCCCUACCAGACCAGUUUUCAGGUGCAUAUAUCAGGCCUACACCCCUCCAUCGACAGCCACCCCCCUGCUGCCUCUUCUUCCUCCCCCACCCUGAUUACACUGCUGCUUUCAAGGCGCUAGCAUUCUUCUUUGUCCUUCCCUCCCUCCAGACCAGUUCACAGGUGCAAAUAUCAGGCCUCCACCCCUCCAUCGACAGCCAACCCCCUGCUGCCAAAGCGGUGCGUCAGGAGAGAGAGAAGCUGGAGUUGUGGUUGUGCAGUGCGGUGGAAAGCGGUGCAAGGAAAGAGAGGAGAUGGGGUUGUUUUGUAAGUGCUGGGUCGACUCAGCAGCUGCAUGACGACUGGGUGGGUGCUGGUGCACUAGCAGUUGCACGACCACAGGCUGGUGCUGGUGCACCAGGUGAGAUGCGGUGCAGUGUGGUGCAACAUGGUGCAUUAGCAGGAGUUGUGAUUGUGAAGUCAACUCAGCAGUUGAUCAUUCAGCAGCUGCACGACCACAGGUUGGUGCUGGUGCUCCAGGUUGAGAGAGGAGGGGCUGAGCUGGAGCUUGCCAGUGACGGCAUUUAUGACGCCUGGAAGGCCAGUGACGUACAGAUGCGCAUGCGUGUCCCCCAGACUCUCUGCUUUACUGGCACAGGGCUCCUACCCCAGGUUGAGAGAGGAGGGGCUGAGCUGGAGCUUGCCAGUGACGGCAUUUAUGGCGCCUGGAAAGCCACUGACGACUUCUUCUAUUGCGGAUUGACAGAGGAGGAGGUGAAGUGA